GAUGUGGAGGGCGGCCUCUUAGCAACUGGUACCUUCGCAGACUGAGCUCAACACGCCGGCCCUCACCUCCAUCUCUAUCAGCCUAUGCCCCUGACCCUACUGCCCUGUGGCGGCCGGACAUCAAGAAAAAUAAAAAAAAUUAAAAAAAAAACAAAACCAAAAAAACAGGCCUCAACCUCGUUGCGCAGUGGGCUGGCCCAAGGUGGCCAGGUGGGAAGAUGAAGCAGUCCCUGGUGGAUGACACAGAGGAUGUGUCUCUUGAUUUUGGAAAUGAAGAAGAAUUAGCAUUGAGGAAAGCUAAAAUCAGGCAUCCACUGGCCACCUUUUUCCACCUAUUUUUCCGAGUGAGUGCUAUCAUUACCUACUUGUUCUGUGACUGGUUCAGCAAAAGCUUUGUUGCCUGUUUUGUCACUAUUCUUCUUCUUCUGUCCUUUGACUUUUGGUCUGUCAAGAAUGUGACAGGAAGACUCAUGGUUGGCUUACGCUGGUGGAACCAGAUAGAUGAAGAUGGAAAAAGUCAUUGGAUUUUUGAAGCUAAAAAGGUGUCUUUAAAUAAUUCAACUGGAACAGAAGCUGAAGCUAGAAUUUUCUGGCUUGGUCUAAUUAUCUGUCCAUUGAUCUGGACUGUAUUCUUCUUUAGCACCUUAUUCUCCCUGAAGCUUAAGUGGCUAGCACUUGUGAUUGCUGGCAUCUGCCUCCAAACUGCUAAUUUAUAUGGAUACAUCCACUGUAAAAUAGGAGGACAAAAAAGUAUCACUAAAGUCACAUCAAGAUUUCUAUCCCAGGCAGUAUUUCAGAGAGAGUGUCAAGAUGAAUUUCAAAAGCCUGGUCCCACAAACAUUAAAUGAGAAGCAGAGACUCUUCAUUACCUUCAGAAUAAGAUUCUAACACUAAAUUAGCAUUUGUGAUCCACUAUGUAAUUUGACUCCAUUUAUCUAUUCAAUCUUUCUGGUCUUAUUGUACCUUGAACAAGCUAUGCAUACUUUUUGACUUGGAUUUCAUUUAAUCCACAUCCUUCCAAACCACUGAAGCUUUUCUUAGCUGUUCCUAUUAUACUGCCCUCAUAUGAAUUCAUAAUCCUUAAAUAAGUACCACUUUAUUUGAUACUUACAUAAUACUUUGACUUCUUGAUGGAAUAAUGGAAAAGUGCUGGAGUAAGAUGACUGGUUCAAAUCUGAACUAAAGUAUUUAUUAUUAUAGUAAGUAAGCUUCUUUUCAGAUAAAAAUGAAUACAUGAUAUGCUUAUCAAUGUUCUGAGGAUCAAAUGAGAAUAUAUUUAAAAGAACUUUGUAAACUUCUAUACAAAUAAAUUCAAAACAGUGUCAUUGUCCAAACCAAACAGUAUACUCCUUCUCUGUAUCUUCUUCAAUGCAUGGCACAUAAGUGCUUAAUAUAAAUAACCACUUGUUGGAUUUUCUUGAUUAAAAACAUAGUUGGUAACUGUGAAACUGUCGAGCAAUUUUACAAAUAGCAGCAAUAGUCAAGAACUGAUAAUGUAUGUGAAAGCUUACCUCUCCUUCCCCUCUACCUGGUAAACUUUGAUCUAAACUUUGAUCUUAGAAAAUCCAAGGAAAACAUAAGCCACAACUAUUAUACACUUUAUAUUAAGGUACAAAUCGAUGCAAUCUGAAUAGGUGGAAGAAAUAUCCAUACCAUAAAAAUGACAGAUUGUUAAAAGAUGUUGAAUAUACCAAUUGAAAUUUGUUUUCCCUA